UGAAAUAUCUUAUUUCUUGCAUUCUCAUGGAUAAUUUCUUUUUGACUGAUCUAUGUAUAUUUGCCUUUAAUUAUUAUCUGCAAUGACUUGAGUAGAAUGGAAUGUGUUAAUUUAUGAGUAUCUUCAAAUGUACUUCUCUAUCAAUUUUAAGACAUAAUUUUUCUGGCUGUAAAAAUAUGGUUUACAGUUAUUUUUGGGUAUUUAAAUAUAUUUUUCUAUUUUCUCCUUGCUUUAGAAUUAUUCCAGUAUAUUCUGAUGUUUGGGUCUUUUUAUGUUGUUUGACAUUGUUCUUUAAGAGAGAAUAGUAUUAAUUUUUGUUUUGUAUUCUUGAUGCCUGAUAUAAAAUGGCAAGAAGGGGUCCAGUCAUUGUUCUUGAAAUGGAAACUCAGAUCAGAGCAAUAAGUGGAAAUGGCUGCUUCUCUAGUAAGUACAUCCCAGGGUCUGUUGACAUUCGGAGAUGUGGCUUUGGACUUCUCCCAGGAGGAGUGGGAAUGCCUGGACUCUACUCAGAGGGCUUUGUACAUUGAUGUGAUGUUGGAGAAUUACAGCAAUCUGGUCUGUGUUGGACUUACUGAUGAAGUGGAACAAGGAGCUCUGGAUGGUGAAGAGAAGACAGUAGCAAAGGAUACACAUAUGUCUGGGGAAAUUGAGGCAGGGAUUGGUGAGAGGCUUAAGUGACAGCAGAGACAGGACGUGAAAUUCAUUUUGCCACAGUCUGUUUCACUAAGAAUGAGACUUCCACUGAGAGUAGUCUCCUUGGGAUGACCCUAUUGUAAGUGUGGAAAGACUUCUAUGUAAGAAUUAAUAGUAAGAAGCGAAUGUAAUUUUAUUUGACUAUACAUGAAAUGGAUGGCAUCCAUCCUGAAUUUAUAUCACUGAUCAUAUCUUGAGACCAAUAUUAAGUAGUUUUCAUUGCUAUAAUUGUAAUAGAUUACAAAAUUAGGAAAAUCGAUCCCUCUCGGUUUUUUUUCUCUGUUCUCUGAAUUUUGGAGCUUUUUGUAAUUCCUUCACAUUCUACAUCUUUUAGGGUUAAUUUCUGUGUUUCCUAAAAUAAUGCCAGCAGGAUUUUGAUAAGAAUUGUUUAGUAUGUCUCUAAAAUAUUAAACUCUAUGUUCGUUGUCCUCCCGAUGAUACCUCUUGUCUGUCCUUAGGUCAACAUUCAGUGGGUUUAUUGUAAUUUUAACAGAUUUUCAAAUUCCCUCUGGGUUUGAUCUUUCUCUGACGGUGUUUGAGCUAUUUGU